AUUCCGCAUUCAAAGACGACCAUGCUGUACUUUCAGGUGGUGAUUCUGGCAGCGAUGUUCAUGCUCGUUUACCACUGUGAGUUCACGGACACGUUCAGUCCAGCAGAGCAGGGCUUCAUUUGCAAUAGCCCAGCUUUGAGUAAACCUGACCCUGGACCUGAACAGGACAGCCGAGUGCAGCCUGUAAUUCUGUACUGCGUGGUGAGCGGAAUGCCUGUCGUACUCAUUUCAGGAGUGGAGGUGUUUAUAUUCCUCCUUCAGUCCCGCUCAAAUAGCCUGUAUGACUACGAGAAGAUUGUUGUCAUGUGGGACUGUUGCUAUUUGAACCAUAUGGUGCGCAGGACGUCACGUUUCCUUGGGGUCUAUGCGUUUGGAUUGUUCACAACUGAUGUUUUUGUCAGUGUCAGUCAGCUGGUCACAGGAAGUCUGGCUCCUUAUUUCCUGUCUGUAUGUCAGCUCAAUUACACUGCAGUCGACUGCCUGGACAAGAUGCACUUUGUCUGGCAAUCAGAUGCCUGUACAGGUGACCCUGAUGACAUCACAAGAGCCCGAAAAUCAUUUCCUUCCAAAGAGGCCGCUCUCAGCUUGUAUACAGCUGCCUAUUUGGCAAUGUACAUCAUGUCCUUCACCAGCUCCUUUAGGAGCCAUCUCCUGGGCCCCUUUGUCACUCUGGCAUUGAUCAGUCUGGCUGUGCUAACAGGCAUCAACAGAGUGGCUGAAAAUCGUAACCACUGGAGAGACGUUAUCGCUGGACAAGCCAUUGGGGCUGGUAUCGCCAUCUUUUUGGUCAGUUGA